GAAGUUCCCCACAGUUGAGAUUGUGGAGUGGAGACAGAAAGCCCCUGAAUAAUCGGACGGGGGCCAAAGAUGAGCCGAAGGGCCAAGCCAGGAGCCCGGGGGCAGCCUGACAACAUGCCCUCCUCCUUACUCAAGGACCACGAGAACCAGCAGGUCUUCGAACUCUUGGGCAGGAAGUGCACGACCAUGGUGACCACGGUCGCCCAGCUGUUCUUGGCCUUGCCCCCGAACAGCAGGAUCUGGUCCAAGCAAGGUUGUGGAGUCCUGUGCUUUGUGAAGGACAAUCCCAAGCGUUCGUACUUCAUCCGCUUCUACGACCUGAAGGAUAGGAAGAUGAUCUGGGAGCAGGAACUGUACAACCAGCUGGUCUACACUACCAUCACCUCUUAUUUCCACACUUUCCAAGGAGACGAAUGCCAAGUGGGGCUCAACUUUGCCGAUGAGGACGAGGCCCUUGACUUUCAGCAAACAGUGGAAGAAAAGGUGCAGAAGAGGAGCCAGAGGAUAGAAAAAAGAGAACUACCCCCUCCACCACCUCCAGUCAACGAAGAAAGAAGAGUAACUCUUCCUCGGAGCCCACCUUCUGGAAGUAACUCAAAUGGGCCUAGCAGGCAGCCAAGUUCCCCAUCAUCGGCUCCAACCCUGGCAACGGUUGACAUCCAGAAUCCGGAUAUCACCUUUUCCCGUUACCGUGGGCUCCCUGUUCCUACAGCAUCAGAAAAAAAGAAGGGGAAAAAGAAGAUUUCGAAGGCCGACAUUGGAGCUCCCAGUGGGUUCAAGCAUAUUCAGCACAUCGGUUGGGAUCCCAACAGUGGAUUUGAUCUGAAUAACUUAGAUCCUGAUUUGAAGACGCUUUUCGCCCGUGCGGGAAUCAGCGAGGCCCAGCUGACUGAUGCGGAGACCUCCAAGAUUAUCUAUGAUUUCAUUGAAGGCCAAGGAGGGCUGGAGGCUGUGAAGGAGGAGCUAAGAAGGCAGGGUCCGACGCAUCCCCCACCCCCACCCCCGAAUCGAUCUGGUCCCCUGCCCCCACCACCUGGACAUUCCCGAACGGGGCCUCUACCACCCGUCCCAGGCCUGCCACCUGGUGCCCCACCCAUAUCGAACAGGGGAGCUGUCCCACCACCCCCUCAACCCAGUCGGGUGCCUCCCAACUCUCAGUGGGGACCUCCCCCCUCGGUCCCUCGCUCCACCCGUCCUCCGCCACCUCCUUCUGGGUCAGUCCCACCACCGCCUCCUCCCCCACCACUUCCCCCACCUCUCUUCCAGAAUUCUGGACCGUGUCCUCCACCUCCUCCCCUCCCUGGAGCUUUUGGUUCCACAGGAACACCUCCUCCUCCUCCUCCUCCUGCCGCCUCAGGGCGUGGUGCAUUGUUGGAUCAAAUACGUCAAGGAAUACAACUCAAUAAGACGCCUGAUGUGUUGGACAGCCCACCUCCACCUGCCCAAAGCGAGGAAGGCCUGGUUGGGGCUCUCAUGUGUGUGAUGCAGAAGAGAUGCAAGGUCAUCCACUCCUCAGACGACGAUGAAGAUAAUGGAGUCGACGAUGAUGAUGAUGAAUGGGAUGACUGAGGAUGUCCGGCACUGGAAGUCCCGUUUCUGCAAACCGGCUGUUGCCUGAAUUCCUGUAGGCAUUUCAGUGUGUUGCUCUUUUGUCACCAGCACCCCACAACCCGCUUCCCUA